CAUCUUUGAUUUCAUCUACUCAUCACGCCAAAUAUGACCCUAACACGGGUGUAUACUCACCAGCUCACUAUCCUAACUUACACAUUCCCUCUAAUCUGACAAUCGAUCAAUUCUUGUUUUCUUAUACACCUGCUCAAGCACUCACUUCUGAUUCUCAAGGCCAAGGUCAUAUCCGACCAGAUCCAAGUGGCCGCACAUGGCUCAUUGAUUCUGUUACUAACAAGCAAUAUACGUUUGAGAACUGCCGUCAGCGUACCGAAGAUCUUGCUUGCGCUUUUCGUGCUCAUCUUGGUCUAUCCGAGCCUGACGAUGUUUUGGCCAUCUAUGCUCCCAAUGACAUCGAUUACCCACUUGUCAUGUGGGGAGCUUUUCGAACUAACGCAAUGGUUUCAGGUGCAAACCCAUCUUAUACGGUGGAUGAGUUGGCUUAUCAACUUGAAGUCUUAUCUAAGCGUUAUAAACUCAAAGGACUCAUCACACACCCAAACAGCCUUGAAACUUCACUCAAGGCAGCUCAACAAGUUGGAAUCCCAAACGAGCGGAUAGUAUUGAUGUCAAGUCAAUUAGACCGGCUGGCGCCGCCUCAAACUCCAAGUGGAAUCCUCACUCUUGAUGGAAUGAUUCAAAAAUACGCUCAUGUGGCUCAAAAGCCUUUACCGAUUGUCAAGCUUACAGCUGAGGGGGGAAAAGACAAAGUCGCGUUUUUGUCCUUUUCAAGUGGUACGACUGGUUUACCGAAGGCAGUCCAAAUUCCGCAUCGAGCUGUGAUCGCGAACAUGAUUAUCAUCUUACGGCAUAUGGACGAAGACGUGUCGGGGGAAAGAAUCAUGGCGGUAUUACCUUACUAUCAUAUCUUCGGUUUAGUGGUAGUGUUACAUUCGUCUCUGUACCGGGGAAUGGCCAAUGUAAUCGCACCGCAAUUUUCCUUCAAACCUUUCCUCGAGAACAUCAUCCGCUACCGGGUAUCCAGACUCUGUCUUGUCCCACCAAUGGUGGUCUUAAUGGUCAAGCACCCUGCCGGAACUCGAUUGGCAAAGGAGAUUCAAAAGUCUCUGAAAUCAAUCUUAUGCGGGGCAGCUCCGUUAACACAAGAGUUGUUCGACCAACUUCUUCAGAUGUAUCCAAAUGUCCGGAUCGGUCAAGGAUAUGGGAUGACUGAGACUGCAACCUGGGUCACUGGUUUGCCAAGUAACAUCGAACCAGCUCGUGGCGCAUCAGUCGGUGUGAUUGGUCCAAACAUUCAGCUGAAGAUUAUCGAUCCAUCAGGUACGCCUGUAGGCUUUGGCCACAAAGGCGAGGUAUUGAUUAAGAGCCCAUCGAAUGCAAUUGGUUAUUUAGCCAACCCCAAAGCAACUGCUGAGACAUUUGAUCAAGAGGGCUUUGUCCACACGGGCGACGAGGGCUACGUGGACUCACAUGGCUGGGUCUACGUAGUCGACCGACUGAAAGAAUUGAUCAAAGUCAAGGGAAAUCAACUAGCACCUGCUGAGCUAGAAGGUCUGCUCCUUAACCAUUCUGCAGUAGCAGAUGUAUGUGUGAUCGGCGUCCCUGAUACCUAUUCAGGAGAAGUGGCUAGAGCUUAUAUCGUGGUUUCGGAAGAAGCCCAGAACUUAGAUCGAACACAACUGGCCGUAGACCUUGCUCAGUUUGUUAGCUCGCAAAAGAUACGAUAUAAAUGGCUUGAUGGCGGGAUUGAGUUCGUGGAGUCAAUUCCGAAGAACCCGUCAGGAAAGAUCUUACGAAGGGUGUUGAGGGAUCAGUAUAAGGCUUCCUUGAAUUCUUCAAACCCCGGUGGAAAUGCCAAGCUUUGAAGACCAACUUAUCAAUGCAACACUGUACAUCAUGAAGUCAUAGAACGUAUUGACAGACUUUGCUUAAUUUCAUGACAAAAAAAAACUCCAAUUUUCGUCAAAUGUGCUCCACCUUCGUUUCUUCUUUCCAAUUUACUCCAUUAUCUUUCUAUCUUUUCUGACUCCAUUAUCAUUCUGAAAGUUUUGAUUCAUCAUGGCUGUCGAGAUUUUUCCAUUUUGACUCUACACAGCAACUUAAUUUUACUAACUAUGAUUACAAAACAAUUAGUCAAAUUUGACUGGUGCGGUC